AUGUGCAUAACCAAACAAUAUCUACAUUUGAAACACAAUUGCAAAACCCUGUGCCAGCUCCAAGCUUCAACUUUGGUACACAACAUCUCAAUACAGGAGGGGUCUUUGGAUUUGGACAGCAACCGCAACCACAACAGCAGCAGCAACAACAACCACAACAGCAGUUCCAAAGUCCUGUUUAUAAUUUUGGCUCCAGCCAAGGCACACCUCAGUUUAACAUGGGUAGUGCACCUAAUACGACUGCACGUCGAGUUAGAAGGGCUGUGCGUAGGAAAUACCGCGCCUAAGGCAGUGUACAUUGAAAAUCGAUGGGGGGAGACGAGGGUUAGUCGCGCUUGCGUUUCUCGUGUGUCGGCCGCGUGUCGUCGCCGGGCCGCCGCCGCCGCUGCACGCGACCUGUGGAGCGCCCUACGACUUGUUGCCAAGGCCACCUGUGGCACACAUGGAGGCACCGUGAACGUCAGGAAUCGCCGGCUAACCCCGUGGCCAGCCCUGAAUACUGCCAGCACUGAAAGAAUCUCUCUCCGAGCCGCCAGUACACUCGUCCUCUGCGGGCACUACCAUGCAAGCAUAUUCUUCCACUUCUUUGUGACCACAUUUCGCUUGAACUUG